AAACCAUACCAAAAGUCUAACUGAUUAAAUGGUGCGAACCUCGGCAAGCAUAUGAAAUCAAGUGAAGCUUAGGGGUGCUCUGCUGCUAAGCCCUUGCUGAGCAAACGUUGGAGGUUCCUCUUAAACCAGAAUCAAACAUUCUGAUCCCGAUCAAAGUAUUGGCUAAUCUUUAGUACAAGUGAAGAGGGACCAAACAAUGGAUGACAUCAUUAAGAUGAUGCUAUGUAAGAGUUUCAACAGACUCAACCUCCUUGCUAGACAAGGCUAUAGAUGGCAAGCCACAGUAACCAGCAUCCUCAAACUCUUCUCCCUGAGCCUACUGGAACUAGCUCAAAGGUCAGGUCAUCACAACUGCUUGAAGUUUUAAGCAAUGAGAAGCUCAAAUUUGCUCUGACUCUUGCUGUUGCUCUCAUAUCUUCUUAUGUUACAAGUGCCGGUGGUCAGUCUCUGAGGCCUCUACCAAUAACCACCACCGCCACCACUAUUACCCCCAACUCGGUUGUACAACUAGAAAUGUUUGCCUUUGCUUUGCUUGGCCUGUUUACAUCUUCUCUAUCAGCCAUUACAUUCCACCCUAAUUUCCCCUUGAUUGCUGAUUGCUUUGAGAACAUAUCUGUCAUCUUUGUAGCUGUGGCUUUUGCCUCUCUUGUUUCCAUCAUUCUCCAUGACCGAUAUGGAUGGAUGCCUUACAUGGCUUGCAUGAUUCCUGUAUUGCCAUUCAUUAUAGUUCCUUGCAAGUUGUUGUUUGCUAAGCUUGAGGCAAUGCUAGUGUGGCUUCGCAGGUCUGACUGCUUUGAAGGAUUGCCGAUGUGGAAAAAGUGGACAGGGUACUGUGAAAGUGCAUGUUAAGGAGGGUGUUCCUUAACCUUUUCUUUUUCUAAAAAAAAAAUCUCUUAAUUUGGCAUUUUGUUUGAGGAUUUGUGUUGAAUGUAUUAGGAUUCGGUGGUAACAUAGUUUCUUAUAAAUUAUGGAUUAUACGUGUGUACUCAUAUGUCAGCUACAAUGAAGCACGGAUACUCCAGGGAGCUUGACGUACCCGUACCCGUGUCGUAUCCGUGUCGGACACACACCUCCAGACACUCAUAUGUUUUGUAAAUGAUUUUUCUAAAUU